AUGGCCUGGAAGUUAACCAAUAAACUGUACCAAUACUAUCAGUUGUCUACUAGUUUUCUAUAUGUAGCACUGCUCUCACGAUGGAUCAUCAUAUUUCCAUUAGUAGGAGUGAAAUUUUUACCAGGAGGAAUACAUGAAUUCUUGAUGUAUUUGUUGUUCUUUUCAUCGGUGAUUGAAAUAUUAUGGUUGUUCAAGUUUCGUGGAUUUACAGGUGCCUUCAGGAAGAGAACAAUAUAUAAGGAUUUGAAUUUUUUAUAUGUGGUCCUUGUAUUACAUUUUCAUGACGAUUACGAACAUGCAUUAGUAUUAAAGAAUAUCAGUUACUCGACGUUUAUUGUUGGAGUGGCAAUAAGUCAGGCUUACUCUCAUGGUACUCAAAUAUUUAAAAGAGCACCGAAUUACAAAAGGAAAACUCUACUGUGGAAACUUGAUACAUUCAUUGCUUUGCCAAUGUUAUAUUGCAGUGAGUUUGUAUUACUUUUACUUAACCAAAGGUUCCCCAACUUUCAUACAACAGAGUACCUAGAUCAGUUCAACAAAUUCAUCAUGAUCAUCUAUUUCCCAUUUGCAUUGACCUGUUACAGGAAAUAUAUUGCUAGAAGUUAA